AUGGUUUUUGAAUUCAAGUUUUGGGCUUUUGUGGUUUUUAUUUGGUGUUUUCAAGUUCUUGUGAUUUCACAAAAUUUGACAUGUAAUUCUAAUGAUUUGAAAGGAUUGGUUGGUUUCAUGAAUGGAUUGGAUUUCCCAAUUGAUGGAUGGUUGAGUUCAAAUUUUAGUACAAAUUUGAGCUCAUUGUCAUCUUUUAAUUGCUGUAAUUUGAUAGGUGUUAAGUGUGAUAAUAUUUCUGGUAGGAUUGUUAGUUUAGAACUUCCUAAAAAGAGAUUAACUGGUGAAUUAUCUGAUUUAGUUUCAAGUUUAGAUCAGCUUAAAGUGCUUAAUCUUUCUCAUAAUUUCCUUAAUGGCCCGGUUCCAGUUUCGUUAUUUAAGUUAUCCCAAUUAGAAGUGCUUGAUUUAAGUAGUAAUGAUUUUAAUGGUGUUUUCCCUGUUAGCAUAAACCUGCCUGCACUUCAAGUUCUAGACUUUUCUGGUAAUAAAAUUCAUGGUUCUAUUCCUGCUGGUAUCUGUGUUAAUUCUACUCGAAUUCGUGUUAUUAAGCUUGCUGUUAAUUUGAUUAAGGGAAAUAUUCCUUUUGAGUUGACAAAAUGUGCAUUCUUGGAACAUAUAUGUGUAGCUUCUAAUUUUCUUUCGGGUUCCAUUCCCGAAUUCUUGUUCCAUUUACCAAGAUUAGGGCAAUUGGAUGUUCAAGAUAACUUGUUCACUUCCAUCACCGGAAUAGGCAAUUUCUCUAGCCGGAUUAACCGUUUAGAUGUAUCAUCUAAUCGGUUAUCAGGGAAUUUACCUGAUUUCUUUCAUAAGUUUCCAAGACUGACUCAUUUCUCAGCUCAAUCGAAUCGUUUCUCUGGUGAGAUACCCUCAUCAUUGUUGAGUUCACCUGCCAUUUCUUUGAUUAAUCUUAAAAACAAUUCUAUAAAUGGUUCUGUUAAGUUUAACUGUUCGCUGAUGAUGAAUCUUACAUCUCUUGAUCUGGGUACAAAUAACUUUUCGGGUUCCAUUCCUGGUGAUCUUUCUUCAUGCCAAAAGUUAAAAGCUUUAAAUCUUGCUAGGAACAAUUUUGUAGGCGAAAUCCCUCGAAGUUUCAGAAAUUUUCAGUCGUUAUCAUUCCUUUCCCUCUCGAACUGCAGCUUUACUAACCUUGAAACCACUCUUACGAUCCUUCAACACUGCCCGAAUUUGAGGGUUUUGGUUCUGACCAUGAACUUUCGUGGUGAACAACUUCCUGUUGAUAAUACUCUUCAUUUCAAAGCACUCAAAGCUCUUGUGAUCGCGAAUUGCGGACUCACAGGCACUUUCCCUCCAUGGCUAAAAAGUUCAACACAAUUACAGUUGUUGGACUUAUCCUGGAACCAAUUAACAGGAACAAUUCCGUCAUAUUUGGGCAAUUUUGGGUCUCUCUUUUACCUAGAUUUGUCGAACAACUCUUUAUCGGGAGAAAUCCCGAAGGAUCUUACUAAGUUACAGAGUUUAAGUUUCCGAAACAUGACAUCAGAAGAAGGUUCACCGGAUUUUCCAUUUUUUAAGAGACCCAAUAUGAGUGACCGAGGGUCAGUAUUGCAGUACAACCAGAUUAUGAGCUUUCCGCCGCAGCUUGAUCUCAGCCACAACUUUCUUAAUGGCUCAAUUUGGCCGGAAUUUGGAAAUUUGAAAAAGUUACAUAUCUUGGAUCUGAAACACAACAAUUUAUCAGGUGAAAUUCCGAGUGAGUUGUCAGGAAUGACGAGUAUAGAGACUCUUGAUCUGUCGUAUAACAAUUUGACUGGAACAAUUCCUUCUUCGUUGGUUAAGUUAAGUUUUUUGUCGAAGUUUAGUGUGGCUUAUAAUGAUCUGAGAGGGUUUAUACCGAUUGGAGGUCAGUUUGCAACGUUUCCAAAUUCGAGCUUUGAUGGAAACAAAGAAUUGUGUGAAGUUACUUCUUGUGGUGAUAGCAUUUUGAAUCCAUCUUCAACCCGUAGAACAAAGAAAAGUAAAGGUGCAAUCGCAGGUAUGGCUGUCGGGAUUGGAUUUGGAACGUUUUUCAUUCUUGCAUUCUUGUUUGUGAUUAUACUUCGUGCAACCAGCAAACAAGUAGUUGAUCCCGAGAAAGAAGAUGGUUAUGAAAGCAACAAGGAAGAAUACGAACCAAGAUUAGUUAUCUUUUUCCAAAAGAAAGAAGAGCUUUCCCUUAAUGAUCUUUUGAAAUCAACAAACAGUUUUGAUCAAGCAAACAUCAUUGGGUGUGGAGGGUUCGGGCUUGUUUUCAAAGCCACAUUGCCCGAUGGUCAAAAAGUAGCCAUCAAACGGCUGACAGGAGAUACAGGUCAAGUAGACCGUGAGUUCCAAGCUGAAGUUGAAACCCUCUCGAGAGCCCAACAUCCAAAUCUAGUGCUCCUUCAAGGCUAUUGUCAACACAAAAGUGACCGCUUUUUGAUAUAUUCGUUUAUGGAAAAUGGUAGUCUUGACUAUUGGUUACAUGAAAAACCUGAUGGACCUUCAAAACUCACUUGGGACACACGGCUGAGAAUCGGGCAGGGUGCCAUUAAAGGUCUAGCUUACUUGCAUCAAUCCUGUGAUCCUCAUAUCCUUCAUAGGGACAUAAAGUCGAGUAAUAUUCUUCUAGAUGAAAAUUUUGAAGCUCAUUUAGCUGAUUUUGGUCUUGCAAGAAUAAUACCAACUUAUGAUACUCAUGUAACAACUGAUUUAGUUGGGACAUUAGGGUACAUACCUCCAGAGUAUGGUCAAGCUUCAGUUGCAUCAUACAAGGGCGACAUCUAUAGUUUUGGGGUUGUUUUGUUGGAACUUUUAACCGGCAAGAGACCAAUGGAUAUGUGUAAACCAAAGGGUAGUCGGGAUUUGAUAUCGUGGGUGAUGCAAAUGAAGAAGGAGAAACGAGAGAACGAGGUAUUUGAUCUAUUGAUUUUCAACAAAGAAAACGCCAAGGAAAUGUUGUGGGUUCUUGAGAUUGCUUGUGUUUGUUUAAACGAGUCUCCCAAGUUAAGGCCUUCAACACAAGAACUACUUUCUUGGCUUCAUCACAGUCGUCUCAAUGCAUGUUAGAUUUUUUUGUCUACUUUGUUUUUUGAUGUAUAUAUUAUAUCUUGCAAAUGAUAAUGCGUUCACAUAUUGUUUGUAUUUGGUUUAUUAAAUUGGUUAAUGUCGCUUCA